AUCUUGAAAUACCUAUAAAACCUUCCCUAAUCCAGUGUAGACAUGUUAGCCUCCUCCCCUUGCGCCUGAUUGGCGAGACUGAGUCAGAGCCUCCUUCGGCUCACCGCAGCUGAUCAGAGCUUGGGUUUCAAACGAGGAGGGCAGCUAGCUAUGUCCCCUUCUUCCUGACUUCUCACGGAGCAGGAGCGGCAACGCAAAGUUUAAACAAAGAACGUAAGGGCCCGACGGACCUUCAAUGUGGGGAGAAGUGAUUAAAUAUAAACCUCCCACUUCUGCCAAGUUUUCAGUAACUGUGACUCUGCAGACUUCUUCAUGCACUGUGGAUAAUGGGAUUCUGAAGAUGAAGCAGAUAGCUCGCCAGCCUCCCUGGAUUUUGCUGACGACACCGGAUUGCUUUGCCUGAAGAUGGAAACACUGGAGUCGGAACUAACCUGCCCUAUCUGUUUGGAGCUCUUCGACGAUCCGCUGCUUUUGCCCUGUGCCCACAGCCUCUGCUUCAGCUGCGCCCACCGCAUCCUGGUUUCUCACUGCGCGUCUAACGAAAGUGUGGAAUCCAUCGCCGCCUUCCAGUGCCCGACCUGCCGCUAUGUCAUCGCCCUCAACCACCGCGGCUUAGAGGGUCUGAAGCGAAACGUCACUCUGCAGAACAUCAUCGACCGCUUCCAGAAGGCCUCGGUGAGCAGGCCCAACUCACCGGGCGAGAGCCGCCGGGAGCAGGCCCUUGACGGCAGCACCAUGACGACGGCCGAGUGCGUCCCCUGCCAGUUCUGCGAGCAGGACCCACCGCGGGCAGCGGUAAAGACCUGCGUGACCUGCGAGGUCUCCUACUGCGAUGGCUGUCUGAAGGCCACCCACCCCAGCAAGAAGCCCUUCACCGGGCACCGCCUCAUUGAGCCCGUCCCAGACUCCCACCUCCGCGGCCUCAUGUGCCUGGAGCACGAGAGCGAGAAGGUCAACAUGUACUGCGUGACAGACGAGCAGCUGAUCUGUGCCCUCUGCAAGCUGGUGGGGCGCCAUCGAGACCACCAAGUGGCAGCACUGGCUGACCGGUUCGACAAGAUUAAGCAAAGCCUGGAGACCAACCUGGCCAGUCUAAUCAAGAGGAAUAAUGAGCUAGAAACACUAAUGGGUCGACUAAUCCAGACUUGUCAGCAUGUAGAGGUGAAUGCAACAAGGCAGGAAAGCAAACUUACAGAGGAAUGUGACCAGCUGAUUGAAAUCAUUCAACAACGAAGACAAGUCAUUAGCACACAAAUCAAGGAGGGCAAGGUUGUACGACUGCGGAAACUGGCCCAGCAGAUCGCCAACUGCAAGCAGUCUAUUGAACGAUCCGGGUCGCUCAUCACUCAGGCAGAGCAAACGCUGAAGGAGAACGACCACGCUCGCUUCUUGCAGACGGCUAAAAAUAUCUCUGAAAGAGUCUCCAUGGCCACAGCAUCUUCCCAAGUGCUCAUUCCGGAAAUAAACCUUACUGAUACUUUUGACACAUUUGCAUUGGACUUCUCCAGGGAGAAGAAGAUGCUGGAAAACCUUGAUUACCUCACAGCGCCAAAUCCACCGGCAAUCCGAGAGGAGCUGUGCACCGCAUCGCAUGACACCAUCACGGUUCACUGGACUUCCGAUGAUGAAUUCAGUGUGGUCUCUUAUGAACUGCAGUACACCAUUUUCACUGGACUCGCCAAUGUAGUUAGUUUGUGCAGCUCGGCAGACAGCUGGAUGAUUGUUCCAAACAUCAAGCAGAACCAUUACACAGUGCACGGUCUACAGAGUGGCACCAAGUACAUCUUCGUGGUCAAGGCCAUUAACCAAGCUGGCAGCCAAAGCAGUGAACCCUCCAGACUAAAGACAAACAGCCAGCCUUUCAAGCUGGAUCCCAAGUCUGCACACCGGAAGUUGAAAGUCUCUCAUGACAACCUCAGCGUGGAGCGGGAUGAGACCGCCUCAAAGAAGAGCCACACCCCAGAGCGCUUCACCAGCCAAGGGAGCUAUGGCAUAACUGGCAACGUCUACAUAGACAGUGGCCGACAUUACUGGGAGAUCCUCAUUGGAGGAAGCACAUGGUAUGCGAUCGGGAUUGCCUACAAGUCAGCACCGAAGCACGAGUGGAUCGGGAAGAACGCCUUCUCCUGGGUAUUCUGCCGGUGCAACAAUAGCUGGGUGGCAAGGCACAACAGUAAGGAAUUCCCAGUGGAACCGUCCCCUCACCUCCGAAGGCUGGGCCUCCUGCUGGACUAUGAUAACGGCUCACUGUCCUUCUAUGAUGCAGUUAAUGCUCAGCAGCUGUACACCUUUGACAUUGCUUUCGUCCAGCCUGUGUGCCCCACUUUCACUGUGUGGAACAAAGCCCUCACAGUCUUAACUGGCCUCCCCAUACCGGACCACCUGGACUGUACAGAACAGGUUCCUUAAGAAGCGUGUGGAGGUUCAAGUGAGGACCUCAGCUCUUGGCUUUGCAGUGGGAGUACUAUGCAUAGCUGACUGGAACUGCCAUGCCCAGUCAGAUGUCAUCUCACUGUCCAGUUUGAGCUGGAAUUAAAGCAUAUUUUAUGGACGCAGGGUUUCAACCUGAAAUGUUGAUAACUUCUUUCCUUCCAUGAAUGCUGCUUGACUUGCUGGGUUUCUUCCAAUUGCCUGUUGCUCUGGAUUCCGGCACCUGCAGUCUCUCGUGUCUCCAUAUGAUUUGGAUUGCUGCCUCUCCACACCGACUCAGUCUGUAGAUGUACUUCCUUCCUUCAGCAAAGGGAGUUUGUUGCUUCUACAUGGUUAACAGUCACUGCUUAAGGUGAUGCAUACCUUGGUCGAUUGUUGGCUUGUUCUAACCCAGAAGAUGAGAAGAGGAAGUUAUUCAGUUACUGCUGUGGUCUGCUAAAGGGUCACUUCAACAGCUUUGGGCAGAUAGAGCUCACUAUAUUCCUUGUAAAUGUGAAUAUUCAGUUGUGUUGUGGAAUGCACUCACAAUGGUUCCAUGGCUCCAUUGAGAAUUUUGGGAAGUCAGCUUUGAGGAUUAGGAUUUUUAAGUUUGAUACUUUGUUUCCUCUAUUUUUCAAAUGUUUCCAUAGUAGGGUCCUAACUAAAAUUCCACAAUCCCGAUCCAAACCAAAUCCUGUUUUGCUAAAGCAUUCCCAGCUAUUCUCAGAUCAUCUUCUCCUGCGACCUUUUCCAUUCAUAGCCCCAUGUCCCCAUGAAUUCUUGCUGUUUCAAUCUUGCUUUUCUUUAUUCUGCUCACCUUCUUUGGAGGGUGGGAGGGGGAGAUGAUUUUGAACCGUUGCACCAGCACCUCACCAUCUCUUGAUCUGUCAACUGUAAGCGCACGCGAUUGAAUUGUGUCAGUGGAUGUCAAGUCAGAUGAGGCUAGUGUUGACAACAGCAAAUGAAUUUGUGCACAUAUUGAAUCUUUUCUUUUGGGAAUGGUAUUCACUGGGCUGUCCAAAUCUCAUUGAUUGAGAUAAAUUGCCUAUACUAAUUGAUGAUUUGAAAACCAUGCUUCCUUCCCCACUGGCUGCCUGACAAGUCUUUUGCAGCUGUGCUAACACUGAGACUUUAACAUAGCUUCCUUACUAAGUAAUAUGUCCUGGCAAAGCUUUUUCCUUCUUGUUAAGUUCUCUUAGUUUUUCUCAAUCUCAGUGCAGAGACGAGAUUUCACUCUUUACGGUUCCGUGCACAACCAUCAGAAUAUAAAAUGGCUUGGGAAGAGUUGAUAUCCAUUCAAAUCCCUGUUAUCUAUUGACAGUGGACAUCGAUCCUACUGCAGAGUUACAUUUAUGAAAACCUGCCCCUUAGUAUACCUAGCUACCUAACUGUACCAACUAAUACAUACUUACAGUGUACAUUCAUAUUUGCAUUUACAAUACACUUUAGAUGCAGAAGAUAAGCCUGUUAAAGUUCCUGUCCUGGCUCUAAUAAGUUCCUGCUCUUACUCUUAUAUAGGAGUAUUAAUAAGUUAUUUAUAUAAAGUGAUUUUAACUAAAAUUGUUAGAACCCUUUUGCUUUUGCACAAUCAAUGUUUACUUUUGUAUUUAUGCAUAGGUGAAUUGUUGGGAAGUUGAGAUAUAUGUGAAAAAAAAGAUAAAGUUAUGGUUUUUCCAACAGGAUUAUUAAGAAAUCUUAUUAUGACGCUAUUGUUGAGGACAGACUGUGCAGUGAAUUGUAUAGUUCAGUUGAUUUGUAAAUUAUCUUCCCUAAAGUCUACAAGUUCUGCUCCUUUGCCUUAUGGUCUUAUAGUCUUAUGGUCUAAAUGGAAUGUAAACUGUGCUGAAAUGAAUUUAAGGAGACAACAUCCCAUUUCUAUGCAACUACUCAAAGGAGAUAGACUUUGAUAGUGUAAUUGUGUAGUGGAAAGAAACUUCAAUGGCCUAUUUCUUCUCAUGGACCAGAGUGGUUAGUUGGGUUGAAGCUGUCCUUCAAAAAAACGUUAGUAUUUCACCAACCUUUCUCCAAUAGGCAACAGAUGUCAGUCAACCAGUUCCAAGUACCUCUAAUUUUUCUGAAGUAUCAUUGGGAAGUAGCAUAUUGUGGCUUUCCUUUCUGACCACAGUUCCGUUUUCCUUCUGACAGCUCCACCCAACUUACCUGAUUACCUUUACACCAGAGUGCAUUUACACUGCCAUUUUAAUGUGGUAAACCAUCCUCAGGAACAAAGCCUGAGUUGAAAUGGGGGAGGGUAUGAUUGGAAGAAUUAUUGCAGGCAUCAUCCUUGGGAGUUGAGUGAGGACCAUUCCCAAUCUCAAGUCAAUAGGCCACAAUUUAGAUGAGGACUGGUGGAAAUGUUAAGUAAAGCGACGACUGCAAUUUAACGCAGAACUUACAAUAUAGAAUGUUGAAGAGUACAGCACAGUACAGGCCCUUUGACCAAUGAUGUGGCAACCUUUUAACCUACUCCAAGAACAAUCUAAUCACUUACCCCUGCAUAACCUUCCAAGGCGAAUUGUAUGAGAAAGGGACAAGAAUGGAAAAAGAAGCUUUUGAACUGUAGAUUUACUUCCCAGGUCUGUAAAUCAGGUCAUUGUAACUGUAGUUACACUUAGUCAUUUUGAGACCUCAGAAAAGGUAAAGGACAGAGUAAAUAAACAAGAUUUCUAUUCCUGGGAAUAUAGAGUGAUGUGGAUGCUCAAGUGGUGAUUUUUAAGAUAGCGAGUUCUGAUAGGAUAGAUAUGGAAAAGCUAAUUCCUCUGGUCUGGGUGUCUAGACAAGCAAACCCAAUCUGAAAUCCUAACCUGAGGCUGUUUACAGCUGAACUCUUUCUUUCACGUGAAAAACAAUGGAAAUCCAAAAUUCUCUCACUUAGAGGCUAGAGGGGCGUGAAGCUGACAUUUCUGAGACUGAAAUCUAUAGAUUUUUUUCAGACAAUAAAAUGGAGUGAUGGUAUAAAUUUACCAUAAUUUACCCGAUUGGGGGUACCAGCCCAAGGGUCUAAUUAUUUGUCUCCGGUUCCCAUGUACAUUAAGUAUGUUAUUACAGUGUCUUCAAAAAUUGUAAAUGGAUACGGUGUGUAAACCUUUCAGCUUGAAGUUAAAAAGGGGUAUUAUCUGUUCUGAUUUUCAAUCAGCCUAAAUCAGCACAAUGUUCACCUGUAACCCUACUGUUAAGUGUUUCAUGUGGGCAUAGUAUUUCAUUUCAUAUAGGAAUUUUGUUCUAAUUGAGCCAGUUAGGGAAUUGAAUAAGAAUGUGCAUGAAAAUGCAAUAAUCCUCACUGGAAAACUAAGCACAUUUUGUGCCUUAUGAUCUCUCUGUUUCAAAAGCAGCCACAAAGCCUGGUGACCAUGACUUCAGUAGAACUUAACUUGUCUAUUAUGGACCAUGGAUAUCAAUUCCAGCACACAGGUACUUAUUUCCACGUGGAACUCCAGAAUGGUGGUGUCAAGGACCGAGAUGCCAUACAAGGAAUUCUGAUCAGAGGAAUGUAUUGUCUCUGUCAAUACACAGAAAACUUUUGAUUUCAAGUUGCACGUCUACCAUUGAAUUCUGGCAGUAUUUUGAAGGUGGUGGUUCUUUGUAAGUGAUUGCUGGGACGAAAAGGACAGCCAAGUGACUUGGACACUAGUAGGAACUGUCUGGAGUCCACAAACUCAUUGCAAACUGGUGUCAAAAGGUCAAUGCAAACGACUUCAAAUAUCGAAUUACAAAUCCUGCGUGUCGUUGAAAUGGCACAUUCUGAGUUGCCAUGGAAAGAGGUCAUGUGAUCUGUCGAAAGGCAGUGCCACAGAGGCUGCUGUUGAACGGUGUCAGUACCUCUGCUUAAAGACUUAUCCUUCACUAUCACAUAUUACCUCCGGAAAGUAAACUGGAGAAUGACUGCGCAAAAUCAGACUCUGAAGUCAGCCAUUCAGUUUAAGCCCGUCCAUCCCAUCCUAAGGAUUGCUUUUAUGAAUAUAGUCAGUCUUUCCGUCAACAUUCAACAGUUCAACUGGUAAAGAUGAUCUUCACCUUGUUAUCAGCAUGGCAGCAAUGUACAGUGAUGGAGGAACGUUUCCAUGUACUGUAUUAAUGUUAACAGACACCACCACAACACUCCAACCCUGGCUAUUGACUUUGCUUUUGUUCUUUUAUGAUUUUAAUGAAGCAGCCUGUUUUUAAAAAAAUAUUUUGCAGUACUGAAUUCAAUGUGUGAUUCCGGAAUAAAGAACUCGUCAUAUCAAGCCAGACUUACUUGUUGGGUUUUGGUUCUCAAAAUUGAUCCAGCAGCCCAGGAUUUUUAUUUACUGAUGGGGUUGGUAUCAUUGGGAGGGUGCAAUGUCAUGAAUCAUGGGUGGCAAACUUGUUUCAAAAUCAGAGACACCUCAUCAAGACCUUAUGAGGGGUCUCAGCCCAAA